AUGUUCGCUUGCGCAUUCCCACCUGCAUUUGCUUUUGCUACCGUGAACAACAUAAUGGAAAUCAGAACAGAUGCGCUGAAGCUGCUAGCAAUUUUGAGACAGCCUGUUCCUCGUGCUGCUGGGACCGUAGGAGCCUGGCUUAACAUAUUUCAGUUUCUCAUAUUGAUGUCAAUUUGCACCAACUGUGCUCUUUUAGUAUGGCUAUAUGAUGAGGAAGGAAAAUGGAAAGUAGAACCUGGACUUGCAGCAAUUUUAAUCAUGGAACAUGUUCUUUUGUUGAUUAAAUUCGGUUUCUCUCGCUUGGUUCCUGAGGAGCCUGCUUGGGUAAGGGCGAACCGAGCAAAACACACUACACAGGCACAGGAUUUGUGUUCUAAGAAGCUUUUAAGAACAGUCUCUGGAGGAGAAAGGAAUUAUGGAGAGAUGAAGGUGAAGAGGCUGUAG